GGACCGGGCGCCUGGGCCCAGAGCGGAGUGUGCCGGGUCUCUCCGAGCCGGUCGGAGGCGGCGGGGGCUGCCGGCUAUGCCCGCCCGGGCAUCCUCCGAGUGAUGGAAAAAGAAGCUGUUGCCGCGGCCGCUGCAGCGGGGUCGUCCUGCGCCCCGUUGGCCGCCGCCGGAGAGAUGGGGAGACUCGCGGCGCGGAGGCCGGGAGCGAGAGAGGCGGAGCUGCUUCGCCGGGAGCUGGGUCCCGUAUGACCCCCUCCCCCCUAGCCUGCUUGGCCCCCUGCGCUCGGAAGGAAGCUGCGGUCCCGAGAGGGCGGAGGAGACGCCGCUGGACCCGGGCGCAGCGGGCUCCGCGGAGUGGAGAGCGGGGCCCCGGGCCGGGUGAAAGUUUCCCUUCCCGAACGCCAGGGCGCUCGCUGCCCGGAAACUCUGCGCAGGGCUUGGACUGCCGAGCCCAUCGGCCCCCGCGGAGGCCCGGGGACCCCCGGCGGGAGAGAGCGCCCCAGAAGUCGAGGAACCAGUGACCGUCGGUCAGCAAGCCGGGCGGCGGUCUCUGGUGGUUCCGGGCGCGCCGGCGGCUGCGGGUCCUUCCCGGAGCCGCUGCCAUGGGAGAGCCAGCCCUGGGCGCCGGGGACCAGCCGCCGCUGCUGCCGCGCCCGCCUCGGAGCUGCGGCCCCAGUCCCCGCGCCCGAAGCCGGCCCGCUGCGUCCCCCUCCCGGGCUGCAGGGCCGCCUCCGCCGCGCCGCCGGCCCGGGCUGAGCCUGUGAUGAGCCGCAGCCCGCCGCGAGCCCUGCCCCCGGGCGCGCCCCCCCGGCUGCUCCCGGCCGCGCCCGCCGCCGCUCCGCGCGCCCUCCUCUCGCGGUGGCCCCGGCGCCCGGGCCGCCGCUGGCCCGCGUCGCCGCUCGGAAUGAAGGUGUUCCGCAGGAAGGCGCUGGUUCUGUGCGCGGGCUACGCGCUGCUGCUGGUGCUCACCAUGCUCAAUCUCCUGGACUACAAGUGGCACAAGGAACCGCUGCAGCAGUGCAGCCCGGACGGGCCGCUGGGUGCCGCGGUGGGGGCGGCUGGGGGCGGCUGGGGGCGCCCGGGGCCUCCCCCAGCGGGUCCGCCCCGCGCGCACGCUCGCUUGGACCCCCGGACCCCUUACCGCCCUCCCGUUGCCGCCGUCGGGGCGGCCAAAGCAGCAGCGGCGGGGUUGGCGGGGGCCGCAGCCCCUCCGAGCAAUGGCACGGGAGGCGCAGCGGGCGGCGGGGACAAGCGUCAGUUGGUGUACGUGUUCACCACGUGGCGCUCGGGCUCGUCCUUCUUUGGGGAGCUCUUCAACCAGAACCCCGAGGUAUUCUUCCUCUACGAACCCGUGUGGCACGUGUGGCAGAAACUGUACCCGGGGGACGCCGUUUCCCUGCAAGGUGCGGCGCGGGACAUGCUGAGCGCGCUCUAUCGCUGCGACCUUUCCGUCUUCCAGUUGUACAGCCCCGCGGGCAGCGGGGGGCGCAACCUCACCACGCUGGGCAUUUUUGGCGCGGCCACUAACAAGGUGGUGUGCUCCUUUCCUCUCUGCCCUGCCUACCGCAAGGAGGUCGUGGGGCUGGUGGACGACCGCGUGUGCAAGAAGUGCCCGCCGCAGCGCCUGGCGCGCUUUGAGGAGGAGUGCCGCAAGUACCGCACGCUGGUCAUCAAGGGCGUGCGGGUCUUCGACGUGGCGGUGUUGGCGCCACUGCUACGAGACCCUACCCUGGACCUCAAGGUCAUUCACUUGGUGCGCGACCCCCGUGCUGUGGCCAGCUCUCGCAUCCGCUCGCGCCACGGUCUCAUCCGUGAGAGCCUGCAAGUAGUGCGCAGCCGGGACCCUCGAGCCCACCGCAUGCCCUUCUUGGAGGCCGCUGGUCAUAAACUGGGCGCCAAGAAGGAGGGCGUGGGUGGCCCUGCAGACUAUCAUGCGCUCGGCGCCAUGGAGGUCAUCUGCAAUAGCAUGGCCAAGACCCUGCAGACGGCCCUGCAGCCCCCUGACUGGCUGCAAGGCCACUACCUGGUGGUGCGGUACGAGGACCUGGUGGGAGACCCAGUCAAGACCCUACGGAGGGUAUACGACUUUGUGGGACUGCUGGUGAGCCCUGAAAUGGAGCAGUUUGCCCUCAACAUGACUAGUGGCUCCGGCUCCUCAUCUAAACCUUUCGUGGUGUCGGCACGCAAUGCCACGCAAGCCGCCAACGCCUGGCGGACCGCCCUUACCUUCCAGCAGAUCAAACAGGUGGAGGAAUUUUGCUACCAGCCCAUGGCUGUGCUGGGCUACGAGCGGGUCAGCAGCCCAGAGGAGGUCAAAGACCUCAGCAAGACCCUGCUCCGGAAACCCCGGCUCUGAAGGGGGUAGGGUCCCAGGGGAAAACCUGACUUCCUGGGGAGACACUCGGAGGAAGAGUGUGGUGUGUUUAGACAAAAACAGCCCAGACCCAAGCUGAGGAAGCCCACAUAUUCUAUCAUAGAUACAUAAUAUAAAUAACCACGCAGGCACUUGCCGUCAGUGUUUUGAGUCAUUGAAUUUCAAGGAACAGCCACAACACACAUCUCAGAAAAGGCGAGACUUGAAAGUUCUGACCAGCUGCCCUUCCUCUCCUCGUUCUCUCGUCUCCUUCAUCCCACUUCUUACCCUCUCCCCUACCAGCCUUCCACUUUGAAGUGGGAUGUUGAUUAAAUCAAGAUCCAGUAACCCAAAUCUUGUUUACAAAAUUUUCGUGGUUAUCUGUGAACAUGUAAAAGAGCAAUUUGGAUGUGGGGGGUGGGGUGGAGAGGGGAAAGCCCAGCUGCGAAAAGUCCCAUUGGGCUGAUAAAGCAAGGAGGCAGUCUUCUCAAGUAGACUUGUGUAAAGAGCGAAGGCUAUAUGUGAGUAUUAAUAAAGAAGAUAAUAAAUAA